CCCUUCAUCCACACACGCAUGCUAUCUCAACAGAACUUCCGCUUAAUAUAAGAUUCAUAUCAGACAGAAACUCCUACCUUUACAGUAUUGAUGAUAAUGGCUUCUAAGGAUUCUGGUAAAGAAGCUUCGUCUCUCGACAUAGCAGAGGCCAACAAUUACUUAGCUCUAAAUUUGUACAAAUUGCUGUCGGAAGACAAAGGAAAUGUUUUUGUUUCACCUUUCAGCUUGUCUGCUGCUUUCGCUAUGUUGUUUCAUGGAGCAGAAAAAGAAACCGCCGAGGAGAUGAGAAAUGCUCUUGGCUAUAAAACUGCAAACAUCAAAGACCAGGAACUGAAAUCGUCUUACAAGAAAUUAUUAGACGAAAUAGAGAAAAGUUCUGAUGCUUACACCUUAACCACCGCUAAUUCUGUAGUAAUCCAAAAAAAGUUUCCUGUUCGGGAAAAAUAUAAAUCGCUUCUGAAUGAUUUUUUCAAAGCUUAUUUAUGGGAAGUCGAUUUUGUGCGCGAAAAUGAAAAAUCAGUUCAAUUGAUUAAUGAAUGGGUUGGGGAAAAAACACAGAAGAUGAUACCAAAGCUCCUGGAAAAAUUGGAUCCUGCCACUGUUAUGGUUCUUCUUAAUGCCGUGUAUUUCAAAGGGUUUUGGCUGAAUCAAUUUGAGAAGAAGAAAACCCGUCUUGAGAAAUUCAACAUUAGAGGGGAGAAAAAGAAAAGCAAGAAGGUGGAAAUGAUGCAUAUUAACGAAAGAUUUUCUAUUGCCCAAAAAGAAUCGUACAAAGUGUUAGAACUGCCUUAUAAAGGAGGAGAUAUUUCCAUGCUAAUUUUACUGCCUAAUUUGAUAAAUGGUUUGAAGGACUUGGAAAAUUCUUUGACCUGUGAUUUCCUUCGAGAUCUGAAAGAGAACAUGUGGACGACAAAAGUGAAUGUAGCUCUGCCAAAAUUUAAAAUUGAUUAUUCGAAAUCGCUGAUAGGUCCAUUUCAUGAAUUGGGAGUGAGAAGGCUGUUCUGUUCCGGUGCUCAACUCGGUGGCCUCAGCAAACAAUGUGCUGGCCUGUGCGCUUCGGACGUCAUCCACCAGGCUGUUAUUGAAGUAAACGAAGAAGGCAGCGAAGCGGCCGCUGCAACAGCAAUUCCUAUUGCAGUCCGGUGCUAUGUGCCUAUAAUGGAAUUUAUCGCUGAUCAUCCAUUUAUGUUUAUAAUUUAUAAUUCUAAAAAUAAUAUGAUAUUUUUUAUAGGUCGAGUGGAGGAACUGUAAAUUAUAUGUAUCGUAAUUUUAAAAAAAUAAUUUUCUUAAAAUGAUAUGAAAAAAAUCUUUGAUAUCAAAUUUAAAGAUUCAUUUACAGCUCUAAUGUGCUGAAUUUUUUAAGAAAAUUUUUUAUAGUGACUACGGUAUCAACUCGUAAUCAACAUGAUUCAUUUCAAAAUUUUCUCGCUUGUUUAAUUUUGGAAUGGAUGUGAAUUUUGUGGGAGAUGAUCCGAUUUCACAACACAUCUUGAGAAAAAUUACAAUUAGAUGGCAUUCAAGUUACACUUGACUAUUGAGCUGUCAGGUGAAGUGAUUCCUUUAUGAAUGUACGAAUUAUGAAUAAGAUGUUUUUUUUUUCCUUCAUUAACGAAAUCAAAAAUAUAUUUUGAUUUGAAUUAUAUUUUGAUUAAAUGGUUUCUAUGUUCUAACAGAAUUUUUAUCUAUAUCUAUAUCUAUAUAUUUAUACUUAUAAUAAAGAUGAAUGUGUGUGUGUUGUAUUGGCGGUGUACGAUCCAGACCAUUUGACCUACAACUACCAAAUUUAGCACAUGUAUACUUUGGAAAGGGAUACAUAGGGGGGAUUUUUUAAAAUUUUUAAUUAAAUAUUUUAAUUAAAAGUUAAACGAAAUUGUGGCGUUUUCCCGCUAUAACUUUCGAAAAUAUUUCCGCAAAUUGAUUUUUACAUCAUAUUAAAUUUCAAAAAAUAAUAUUUUCAAUGAUACUAAUGUUUUAACCUAUUUUUAAUGAAUUUGUAAAAAUAAUUUAAUAUUUUUCAAUAAUUUAUUUCGCACAAAAUAAAAAUAAAAGUUCAGUUGCAGUAAUUGGAAAAAAUUACUUUUAUCAACGUAUUGCUAUUGCAUUAACAAAAGAUCAAAUUUCAAAAUAAGUUAACUGUUAUUACAAAUUAAUCAUAUAAAGGUAUAAUUUUCGAUUCGUGUAUGUAUGAAAUAUGAUAUUUUCUAAAAUGUAAAUGCAAGGGUAAGUUUUCUAUGAUCUUUUACAAUACCUAUAUCACUAAUUUAGUAAAACAGUUUUAUUUAAGGCUAUUAUUGUUUAAUAUAACAAGAUAUCCACUGUAAUCAGGGCCCAACAGCUAAUAUGUAAACCUUUAGUAAUAGACAUACAUCUGCUAUAAAAAUUAUCUAAAUGAGUUAAAAAAAUAAUAUUUUAUGUAACUUUAGUCAGUAAAUGUUCUGAUGUAUGAUGGAAUUUAAAUUUUUACAUAUAUAUCCUUUGCCCUUUGAAUCAUAUUUAACAAAAUAUUCUUGAGGAGCUAAUACUUUAAAUAAAAAGAGUUAUGCACUCCAGUCAAAUAAAUAAAUCACUAAAACUGACAGAUUUAUGCAAAUUUGAAUAUCAUUAUUCUAUAGAAACGGAAUUUAGACCACUUCAUUGACCAUCUCAAAGAACAUAGCCACUCAUCUCCCAGGGUUUCUCAAGAGUGAUUGUAGUAAAAUUAUAAAAUGCUGAUUGUACUAAAAUUGUAAUAUUCGAAACUUAAUAAACUGGUCGGAAUUGACAGCCGAAGAUAGAAACGUUUAUUUAUUUAAAAGUUGGAGUUUACAUGAACAUUUUGCGGAAUGUGAUUCCUUAGGACCAAACGACUUCUAAAAUUUAAACUUCAUAUUUUUUUGAAGUAUAUUUAUGGACCCAAAAAAAUUAUUAUUGGUAUCAUUUAAAUUCUUUUGAAUAUGGAAUUAAAAACUGAUUUUUUUUUUUAUUAUAUCCGUAAAAUUUUUGUCCGUGUAUAAUUUUUUUAAUUUUUUAUUAUAAAUUAUGAAAAUUACUCUGUAGUUCACAUAAGAUUCCAAUGCCGAACGACUCCGCUUUCUGUUCUCAUGUUAAAAAAAGACAUGCUUGGUUUCAGUAAAAAUAAUGUCUGAAAUUAAUUGCAGUUUAAUUAUUUCCACUUUAAUUUAAAAUUGAAUUUUACGAGUGCUGAUAGAAUAUUAGAGAGAGAUGCGUAGUACAAUGAACAGGAAUGACUUAAGGCCUACAUAAUAGUAUAAGUGAAUUAUAUGACUAUCGAAAUUUGAAACUCAAAAAUAUUUUGCUGAAAACCUGUAUGAGACCAAAUUACAUAAAUAUUAUUUGAACAUUUUAGCGAGUAUUGAUACUUUUCGCCAAAGACAGCUAGUAAAGAAUAAAGAGAAUUUCUAUGUGCAAAUAAGGUUUUUUUAUUUAUUUUUUUUAUUUUCACGUUUUUUUUAAUUACUGCUUAUUAUUAAAACAACAUUAGAUCUUGGAAAGCUAUUUUCUCAAUUUUUUAUCUUUUGCGGAAUUUUCUUGCGAAAAGCGUUUUAAAUUAAAAUCUAAUGCAUAUUUUUUUGCUCAAAUUUGAUGUAAUAUUUUUUCUCAAGAUGUUCUGCAGUUCCUAAACUACAGAAUAAGUGAUGUAUUCAUUUAGAAAUAUCCUAUAGUGGUUUUAUUUCUUCACAAUGAAAAAAAAAUGAGCAUUUUAUUUCAUUUAUCAGUCUACUUCAAUAUUUAAAGAGUGGAAGGAAAUGCAACUUAAUUUUCAGUUCUGGAACUGGCUAAUAUGUUUCAUAAGCUCUCUUCAAAAUUGUAAGAAAAUAAUUAAAUAAAAUUUUAAACAAGAAGUGUUUUAGAUCAUACCUCUUUUUAACCGAAAAAAAGGCCCCUUUUUUUCCAGAUUUUAAAAAACUUAUGUCAUGUAACUGGUAUAUUUUAAUUCCAUAAAUGUGUUUUUUUUAAUCAUUUUUUUUUUUUUUUUGCAAAAAGUUUUUUAAAAAAUUAUUAUUUUAGAUAGUUUUUCCAAAAAUUCAUCUCGAACGUUAUCACAUACCAAAAGAGAUUUUUUAUUUUUUCAAUAGCCGCCUUUGGCGAUCAAUUCAUCCACCGGGGUUAAUGUUUGUAUUUGAUUUUUCAAUAAAAUUGCUUGGACAUAGCUACGUUCCAUGAUAACUUCAUAUCCGUGGAUCAUGCAUUCAAGCUGUAUUCUUUUAAUUGCCUUGCAUAUGUUCCGUUCAUUGUGUACAUUAACCCUUCUACUGUAGACCAAUAUCUCAAACUUCAUAACUCUUCAGAAACAUAAAUGUUUGAUCCGUCUGUCUUCUAACUUCUGCGGUUUUGUUGUUUCACUUUUUUUAUUCGUCGCGUAAGCAACAAAGAUAUUAAAGAGAAUCUUUUCUCUGUAAUUUUCAGCAGUGGGAUAAAAUCUAUUGCCCACUGGCUAUUAAACAUUUGAUGAAACAAUUAAAACGAUUUAUAUUUCAGAAAAACGAUAUAAGAUUUUCUAAAUAAUAAGGUAAGAAACAUUUUUUAAAAAAGUGUAAACUCAAGAAAAUUUUGCAUGACUAUUGCAAAUUACAAAUUCAUUUUUUUUAACGGUGUGAAAUUAAUUUUGUGCGAUAUUAAUUUGGAAAGUAAUUGUCGAAAAACUUCAAAAUUUCGCUUUUUAAUUAAUUAAUGUCAUAAAUAAUUUUUUUAAAAAAUCACUCUGAAGUGCAAAUUUUUAGCAUGCAAGGCAUCUAUGCCAAAUUUGAUAGCGUAGUUCAAACUAUCUGGCUUAUAGAGCGCCAAUACACACACACGCACGUACACAUUCUUUUUUGUUACUAGUUGCUUUGCCAAUUUUUUAAUUGACAUUCUUCUAAUUUGCAAGGCAAUGCUUUUUGAAAUCUUGAAAUUGCAAUACAAGAAUGUAGAAUAAAGCCUUUUUCAAAUGUAAAAUACCAAACUUUUCUUUGUCAGAUUAUAUUUUUGUAUGUGAAUAUGUACUGAAAAUAUUCGAUUCUUAAUAAAAAAAAUGUCACCAUUUUGAAUAUUAUCU